AUGACUAUGGGCUCGGAAUCAUCCCCAUUCCCUCCGGGGUUCUCAAUCUCCACUCCGCGCCUACAAAUCACACCCUUCGACCCGGCAAACCAAACCCACUGCGCCUUUCUCGUAAAGGUAUGGAACACAGACGACUUCAUCAGUUCCUGCGGUCACACAUCCGUCGACACACCCGAAAAGGCAGCAUCUUUUAUCCAAGGACGUAUAUUGUCAGACUACGCCCGCUAUCGACACGGGAUAUUCCUAGUAUCGCUACGCGACGGCAAGCCCAUCGGCACAGUCUCUCUGAUGAAAGGCACUCCGCCUGAUCCGUACUAUUCUGCCCCGGACGUCGGGUAUGCAAUUCUACCCGAGGAGAGCGGAAAGGGAUAUGCGACCGAGGCUGCGAAGGGUAUGCUGGAGUAUGCGCGAAAAGAUCUUGGUAUUGAGGGUGCGUUUGGGUUCUGUGCUGCCGAGGAUAUGCGUAGUCGCAGGGUUUUGGAGAAGGUUGGGUUGGAGUUUAGGGGGAUCGGAGACUUGAUUGUAUUUGGGGAGAAGAGGAGUGCUGUUUAUGCUUUGCCUUCGAUGGAGGAUUUGACGGCUUACAAUUUGACGGAAAAGCUUGAAUUGUAG